AAGCGUUUUGGUGCAACUGGCCUACAGAGGUUUUACUCAUAUCUCUUUGGUGGAUAUUCAAAAUGGUUGCUAAUUUUCACUAAAAUUAUUAUCUGGGACAACUUUAAUCUCUAAAAAGAUAAUGCCAAGAAAACAUUUUCGUAGGAUAGAUGCAUGUGCAUACCAGAAUUAUACCACACAAAAUCUGGAUCAAGCUCUGAAGAAUGUGUUGCAAGGGAAAAUGACAUUAAGAAAAGCUAGUAAGCAAUUUUCUAUUCCAUUGGGAACCCUAAGCCAUAAGUUAAGAAAUAAACACACAAAUAGCAUUGGACGACCAUUAGUAUUUUCUGCCGAUGAAGAAAAUAGUUUUGUUGACCACUUGAUAAAGGUUGCUAAAUGGGGAUUUCCAUUUAACACAUUAGACCUGAGAAUGAUGGCUAGUGCAUACUUAAACAUUAGAGGCCGCACAGUACCCUGUUUUAAGAAUAACAUUCCGAGUAGUGAUUGGGCCUUAGCAUUUCUGAACAGGCACAGAGCCAAAAUAUCCAGACGUAUGGGUCGAAACAUCAGCAUAAGUAGGGCUUCCUUAUCUGCUGAAACAGUAAAGCAGUACUUUGACAAUCUGACUGCUACACUAUUAAAUGAUGAUGGUACUGAAGUCUCGCCAACAAACAUAUUCAACUAUGACGAGACUAAUUUGUCUGAUGACCCUGGCCAAAAGAAAUGCAUUUUUAAGAGAGGGGUCAAAUAUACAGAUAGAGUUCGAAGCAGUACCAAAAGCUCAAUAUCCAUUAUGUUCUGUGGUUCAGCAUGUGGUUCUAUGUUGCCUGCAUAUGUUGUCUAUAAGGCAGAGCACAUAUGGUCCACUUGGACAGAAGGUGGUCCACCAAACACUCGAUAUAAUCGCAGCAAGAGUGGCUGGUUCGAUAUUGUUACUUUCAGUGACUGGUUUGAGACAGUGUUCGUUCCACAUGUGAAGAACAUUCCAGGGAAAAAAGUCAUGAUAGGUGACAACCUGAGCAGCCAUUUCAGCGAACGUGUUCUGAAGCUGGCACAAGAAAAUGACAUCGCCUUCACCUGUUUACCAGCAAAUGGUACUCACCUGCUGCAACCUCUCGAUGUUGCAUUUUAUGGCCCAUUGAAGCGGUACUGGAGAAAUGUGCUGGACUUUUGGAAGUCAUCAUCAAAAAAGAAAUCCCAAACACUCAGUAAAGAUCAGUUUCCACGAUUACUUACCAAACUGUAUGAGAAACUAUACUCUAGUGUGGCUGAUACUAGUAAUAAUUUGACUGCAGGGUUCAGAAAAUGUGGAAUAUACCCUCUGAAUCCUACCAUGGUAAUGGCAAGACUACCUGAUGGAAUUUGUGACCAGUCUACAGAAAAGGAACUUGCACCCAAUGCAGUUGUGUCAGAGGCAGUCGUCAGCAUGCUCAAGGAAAUGAGAGGAGUUGAUGAGCCAGUGAGAAGACAGAGGAAAAGAAGAAUUAAUGUUGUGCCAGGAAAAAGUAUCUCUGCAUAUGACCUAUUAUUAGCAAGUAGUUCUACUCAACAGCAACAAAGCCAGAAGAGUAUUGUAGAGGAAGAUGACAAUGGUACAAGCAGCGAUGAAGAUGUGUGUGCAUUACAAGAAAAUAGUGAACACAAUCAUAGUGAACAUGAAGAUGAUGAGCAUGAAUAUGGGAUGGAAAUUUUGAAUGGUUCCUCAGACAAUGUUCUAGUAGAAGAGGCUUUUUGUUUGGUCAAGUUUCAAGUGAAGAAAUCCGUAAAACAUUAUGUUGGUAAGAUUAUAAAUGUGUCUCAAGAUAAUGUUGGAUCAACAUGUGAUGUAAAGUUUCUUCGGCACAGUCAUAAAAUGGCACUGAAGUUUUAUUGGCCCAAUGUAGCUGAUGAAGGAACAGUUUGCAAGGAAGACAUAGUGAGGUCAUUGAGUGCUCCAAGGGUUGAUAGACGAGGAUUUCUAAUUUUCAGUGAGAAUGAGCUAGAUUUGUAUCUAAAAACCCUUCAGUAG